AUGGACUGGCUGGUCAAUGCAGAUGAAAUGAGCCGCACGAUGUUAUUGGCAGAUUCGACAGAGGACACAGGGAUCGAAGUUGGAAACAGGAACUUUUCUCAAAGCAAUGGCACCUGCGUGACCGAGGUGGGAAAGUUAAUGUACUCUUUCUCCGCCACUGUGGUUCUUAUCGUGUUGGUGACGCUGAUUGUCGGUGUGAUCGCCGUCUCCCUGAUCACCUUUCACUUCCACAAAAGCAAAAUGAAGAAGCGGAAGAUGCAGAGGGCUCAGGAGGAGUAUGAGCGCGACCACUGCAGCCCCGAGGCGCUGAAUUGUUCCUCGCCCGAGGCAGUGGGGGUGACGGGGAGCCCAGCUUGCCAGGCGGCUACUGCCUCUCGGUCCCCCACACACACAGUGGACUCCUCAAGCCGCCCGAACCGAGAAGAAUCCGAAUCGGACCUUCACUGUACAGACACUGCAAGGAACCCAGUGUUCCAAUCCGUGCUUUUGUAUUGA